UCUCGUUGCCCCUGUUGUCCUUUAACGAGUCCCUCCACGAAAGGUUGAACCGAUUGCAGGUGUCCUCUCCAACGGAUCCAUCCCGCCUUCUCAUCUGAUAUUCAGUCUUUGGAUUUAAACCUUUCCUCCUCUCCACCAUGACCGUUUCAGUCCGCUCCAACCUUGGCUUUGUCUUCUCUCUGAAUGUCCUGCUUCUGAUGUUGACUGGUUUGAGCUUGAGCAGUCCCAUCAGGUCUCCUGAGAGCCAUCACAGGGUAUCAGUCGGUAGGGAUGUAGGUGAUAAUCCGCUACUUGAUGCACAGGACUUUCUGAGCCAGUUUCUGUCCACAAUGAACCUCACAGAGCUGAGGCCCCAGGCCAGGCCCCUCGCUGCCCGUAAGGAGCCACCAGAGUACAUGCUGGAGCUGUACAACCGAUUUGCCAAUGACCGCACUGCUGUGCCCUCAGCCAACGUUGUGCGCAGUUUCAAGAACGAAGAUUCCUCCCCCUUCAGUGUAACGGCCAGGGGUGUCAGGAUACAUCCCCUGCUUUUCAACAUCUCAAUACGCCACAGUGAACACAUAACAAUAGCUGAGCUUCGCCUUUUCACCCUGUUCCAGAAGGCCCAGAGACCAAAUGUUGGCAUUGACUGCAAGGUGACCAUAUACAAAAUACACGAGGGCGUUCUUUGGACAAAAGAGGUGGGGAAAGAAGGGAGAAGGAGGGAUAAAGAGGAGGUGGUGGAGAUGAAGGAUUUGGAAGAACUGGUGACAAAGCAUAUCCAUGCCAGAGAUAACAGCUGGGUGUCGUUUGACCUGACUCAUGUGGUUGCACUCUGGCGGAAGUCAGGCUGUGCAACUCACAGAUUGGAGGUUCAUAUAGCAAAUCUGGGGUCAGAAGAGGAAGAGGCCAGGCGGGAGGUCACAGAACAGGGCCAGAGGUUGGUUGAGGUUGAUAUCGACAGGAGCUUGGAUGGGAAACACAAUGCGGUGAUGAUUGUAUUCUCAGACGAUCAGAGCAGAGACCACAAACAGGAUAAACAAGAGCUCAACCAGAUGAUCGAACAUGAGAAUGACCUUCCUGAAAACGUGGGCCGGCGCCAGCAAGCUUUCUGGGAGCACGUUAAUCACAACGCCAACCAGGACGAGCUGGACAAACAGUCCCUGGAGCAGCUGCAGUCCAACGUUAUCUAUGACACGCCUCCCCGAAUCCGUCGCAAUGUUAAGAGCGAGCCCUGCAAGAGGACCCCGCUCUUUGUGGAUUUUAAAGACAUUGGCUGGGAUACGUGGAUCAUCCAGCCUGUGGGCUACGAGGCGUAUGAGUGCAACGGCGUGUGCAACCCACCUAUGACCUCUGAGGUCUCGCCUACCAAACAUGCCAUAGUGCAGACACUGCUGAGUGUUAAGAGCCCAGAGAGGGCAUCGCGUGCCUGCUGUGUACCCACUAAGUUAGAGCCCAUCUCACUCCUUUAUCAUGAUAACGGGGUGAUCACAUUCAACCACAAGUAUGAGGGAAUGGUGGUGGCGGAGUGUGGCUGUAGAUAGUCUUGAACACUAGAGAUAGAGACUGUGCUAUCUACUUAUCCUCUCAUGUGCUUGUUUCCACAGUAUCUAAGAUCUCAUACAGUGGUGUGUAAACUAGAUUUAUAGCUGUAAAUUAGGGAUGGACACAAAUCUGUGCUAAAUGAUGUACAUUUGUAAUUGUAUAAAGGUGAAAUAGUUAUAAUUAUAUUAGUGUAGAAUAUAAAUUUGUCUGUCAUGAUUUAUUAUAAUUAUUUGAGUCGGAGUUUUGUAUUUUGCUUUUGGGUAAGUUCCACACUUCAUUGUAAAUUACAGGCCAUAUUCUUGCACAGAUGGCAUCAGCGCCAUGCGACACAGUGACGGAUAAAAGAAAAAGAAAGAAGAUUCUGAAAGCAGAUGUCUGAGUAUUCUUGUAAAAAUCUCUCUCCACUUUAUUCAGAUGAAGCGAGCUCCAUGUCAUUAGGGGCGAGUCAAAAGGUUAAACUCUGCAGCACUGAUAUCAGUUACCAUAACAACCUUUUGAAUAAUUUGGAAAUAGGUCUCCGUGUGUGAGAUCUAAGCACAAAUAAUGUACUCUGAGUGCAAAGUUUCAAGGUACAGUCUCUGACAAAAGCGCUUGCGCUUUGGGUUAUUUCAGUUCAGGUGCUGGAACAGAAUACACUUAAUAGAAUCUUCCACAUACUAUCUUAUUGCAAAAUCUAAAUGUAGAAUCAUUGAUUUUUCACCACAGGCCUUUCUCAGAACUUUCUUUUUAUCAUCUACAUUUUGCUCUGGCAGAAAUUAUUCCUAAUGCACAAGUCGAGGAGUUCCAUCUUAUUCAAGCUGAUUUGAAAUAUUGGCAUUUUAGGAUAUAUUACGAUGAUUUGCACUACUGAUAGGACGCUGUGUGUUUUUUUAAAAUAUGAAAAGUCUCUUAUUUUCAAUUGUAAUUGAAUCACAGUCUUGCCAAGAUGCUUUAUAAGUAGAUAUACAUGCUGCAGAUUUGUAAAUGGUAUCAUUUGUUUCUGCACCCUGUGGCAUGUUGGAGGCACUGAAACGUUUUAAAGAAUGUGACAUUUUUCUUCUUAUUUGCUUGCCAAACUUGCAGAAAAAUAUAUUUUCGCUGGCUUUUGACCAGGAGAGGAUUUUCACGGUGUCUCGGAGCACUUCGGGGCUUCUUGUCUGAAAAAUGAACAAUUUCUCCUACCUAACGUUGCUGUCAACUGCUGUGAAUUCUCUCUUCACGCCCCAGCCAUUCAUAUCCUGCUUUUGGUUCUCACACCAAUAUUAAUGUUAUUAUGGGUUGGAAAAAUAAAACAUCUGAAAACAAAUAUAGUCACUGAGCAACUUCUGAUCUCUUGUGCACCCUCAUUUAUUGUCAGGUAAUCACAGCAUUCCCUACCUAACAACCUUAAUCCCCAUCCCUCUAGCGUCACAUGCCUGGAGGGCCUCUCUCUGCCCGCUCCCAUGCCAUAGUGAUAACGAGGUGUCAGAGCCUGGAGUCUUGUAGACCGUCACUCAGGAUGAGACGCCACUCCAAGUGGUAGCGUUUGU